GCAAAACUGAUUGUGCCCAACAGCACCGCGGGGCUGAUCAUUGGUAAAGGUGGCGCCACGGUGAAAGCCGUGAUGGAGCAGUCAGGUGCCUGGGUUCAGCUCUCCCAGAAGCCCGAGGGCAUCAACCUGCAGGAGCGCGUGGUGACGGUGAGCGGGGAGCCCGAGCAGAACCGCAAGGCGGUGGAGAUCAUCGUGCAGAAGAUCCAGGAGGACCCGCAGAGCAGCAGCUGCCUGAACAUCAGCUACUCCAACGUGACCGGCCCCGUGGCCAACUCCAACCCCACCGGCUCCCCGUACGCCAACACGGCCGACGUCCUGCCCAACGCAGCAGCCGCCGCCACCGCCUCCACGCUCCUGGGCCAGGCCAGCCUCGCGGGCAUGGGCGGCUUUCCUACGACCAUGUCUAGUUUCUCCGGCAACGACCUCCUGGCCAUCACCUCGGCUCUGAACACCCUGGCCAGCUAUGGCUACAACACCAACACCCUAGGGCUCGGCCUCAACCCUGCCGCCGCCUCCGGCGUGCUGGCAGCAGUCGCCGCAAGUGCUAACCCCGCUGCCGCGGCCGCCGCUAACCUGUUAGCUUCCUAUGCUAGCGAGGCCUCAGGAGGCCAUCCUCCCCCCAGCCUUGGUGGCUUCUCCUUGGGUUCUCUGGCUGCUGCCACUGGGGCGUCCAACGGCUACCUGAAUGCGUCCUCCCCUCUGGUGGCGUCAUCCCUGCUGGGCACUGAGAAGUUGACGGAGGGUGGCAAGGAGGUGGUGGAGAUUGCAGUGCCAGAGAACCUAGUUGGAGCCAUCCUGGGCAAGGGUGGCAAAACACUGGUGGAGUAUCAGGAGCUGACGGGGGCGCGGAUCCAGAUCUCCAAAAAGGGGGAGUUCAUCCCCGGCACCCGCAACCGGAAAGUAACCAUCACGGGAUCGCCCGCGGCAACACAGGCCGCCCAGUAUCUCAUCAGCCAGCGAAUCACAUACGAGCAAGGCGUCCGCGCCACCAACCCACAGAAGGUGGGCUAAAACAAGACAUGAGGAGGAGGCGGAGGAGGACAGCCUGAGGGACACGGAGAGGAUCCAGAAUGGGAGAAGUAAUUUGAUAUUAGUUUGGUGGACAGGUAUUUAAACAUGGGGCAAUUUGCAAUGGGGGAACUUCUCACUUUAGUAAACAAAAAAGGACAAAUGAAAAAUAGUGAGGGAAGCAAAUGAUAGUGAUGGCGGGGUGGGGGG